AUGAGUGGAAUGGACAGACACAAAGGUGUACGACGUUUCGAAAAUGGUAAUGCAAAGAGAAAGUCAUCUAAAGAACGUGCUGAGAGAGAAGCUAAAGAAUUUACAAAAACACGUCGACUGACUGAAUUCUUCACUCGUCCAUCAGCUUCAGAACAUCUAGUCAGUGCUUCUGCAAGCUCAUCUUCAAGGCAACCAGAACAAGUACCUGCAUGUGAUGCAUCAGCUUCCUCUUUAUAUGGCAGCUCUAGCCUAUCUACAGGGGGAAAUGACCAGACUGCCGAGGAGAUUGAAAUUGAAUCAAAGCAUGUGCCUCCUGAAGUGCAAAUGGCAACUACACAAAAUUAUGACAUUGACAUUAGCUUAUGGUCAGAACAUUUGACAAAACAAUUUAUUGAUUAUUGGGCUGCGAACGGUUCUGAGCAUCUCCACCACAAAUGUACACCAGCCAUGUUUGAGCGAAGGAAUCGAAAUGGGGAAGUUGUAAAGCGUUCUUGGCUUUGUUUCUUCCCCACAAAUGGGCGGGUCUACUGCUUCUUUUGCAAGCUAAUGGGUGUUUCAAGAUCUCAAUUCACAUCUGAUGGGUUCUGCGACUGGAAGCAUACUAAUAGGCUUGUUGCCCAUGAACAAUCAAAGGACCACAUUCAAGCAGUUUUGUCAGCAGCGAGUCGUGCAAAGGGAGCUGGAGAGCUUUUGGCCGAGUAUGUUGAUUUCCUCGGGCAACACAUCCAGAAUCAUGCUAAUCGUGGCACUGGUCAUACAAACUAUAUUUCUUCAACCAUCUGUGAAGAGAUUGUCAGACUAAUGGGCAAUGAAGUACUGAACGAAAUUAUCUCACGUAUAAAACUCUCAAAAUAUUACAAAAUGUCUCUAGAUUCCAUCCCUGAUGAAGGCCAUAUUGAUGAACUAACUCUGAUAAUCAGAUACAUGGAGCAUGACACACCUGUUGAAAGAUUUGUGAAAUUCUUGUCAAAUCAAGGACACAAGGCUCAAGAAAUGUUUGAAGGUUUGAUGAAGUUUCUUGCAGACAAUGACAUUGACAUUCAAAAUUGUCCUGGGUAA